AUGAACCAUGAUGUUGUGACAUGCAUGCUCGGUCCGCUCCCGCUCAUCGAGAUGUUCGAGCUGUACAAGACGUUCGAGGGUUUGUACUACAACCUCGGCUCGAUCGUCAACCUCUCCGAAGACUCCGAGCUCCGCGAAGUCGAGCGCAUCGUCCGCGAGUCGAACCACUACAACAUGGAGAACGAGGAGUCUGGGUCAACCACCUCGUCCAGGACUUCGAGACGAGACCCAAGAAGGAACUCUCCUCCAUCCCGUCUGCCCUCCGCCGUCUCCGCAAUGUUCAUGAGCGCGCUAAGCGCGCCCUCUCCACUGCCACCCGCGAGGUGGACUCGCUCUCCUAGGGUAUCGACUUCUGCCUCUCGCUCACUCGUACCUACUCGUGGAGUUCUGCCAGGACCUUUCCCGCUCUGCGCGCGAGCCUGUCGAGAAGAUCCUCCGCGAUUCCAGUCGAACGCCCGCGACAUCGUUCUCGCCGGUGGCUCCGCCCCCAUUCCCCACGCCAUUAAUUCUGUGUCUGACUUCUCCGACCGCAAGGAGCCCAACCAGUCGAUCAACUCCGACGAGGUCGUUGCCUACGGUGCUGCCGUGCAGGCUGCUAUUCUCACUGGUGAUGCAUCGGAGAAGACGCAGGAUUCGCUCCUUCUCGACGUUGCGCCCUUGUCCCUUGGUAUCGAGACCGCCGGUGGUGUCAUGACGCCGCUCAUCAAGCGUAACACGACCGUCCCGACCAAGAAGUCCGAGAUCUUCUCGACUUACGCCGACAACCAGCCCGGUGUCCUCAUCAAGGUCUUCGAGGGUGAGCGUGCCCGCACGAAGGACAACAGCCCGCUCGGCAAGUUCGAACUCUCCGGUAUUCCGCCGGCGCCGCGUGGUGUUCCUCAGAUCGAGGUCACCUUCGACAUCGACGCCAACGGCAUCCUGAACGUCUCUGCCUCCGACAAGACGACCGGCAAGUCGAACCGCAUCACGAUCACCAACCACUAG